AUGACGUCCCCUACAGAACGAGAUGACGGUCAUUCUCUAGAAGCCCAUAGGGAGCUGGUUGACUGGAUUAUCAGCCAUGGUGGCCAAAUCAAUGACUGCGUCCGUGUUGCGCAGGAUGAGUCGCGCGGCGUGCACAUCCAAGUCAAGAAAGACUGGGCUCAGCCAAUCAGCAAAGAAACGAGGGUUCUCAGCACGCCUCUGCCGGUGACGAUGUCCUAUUUCAAUGCGAUUGGGCUCGAGUUACCCGAAAUUUCGUUCUCCAAGCAUGACGUGGAUCUGCCCCGUGGCUUUAUUGAUGCAGUUGGACCCGAGGAGACAUCCACGUUCUUCCUCAUGGGUCAAUUUUUGCGUGGCCCUCGAAGCUUUUGGUAUCCUUAUCUGCGGACCCUGCCCCAGCCAGGCCAGAUGACUACACCUCUGUUUUUCGACGAAGAGGAUGUUGAUUGGCUUCAGGGCACAGGCAUUCCCGAAGCAGCGGCGCAAAGAUAUCAGAUUUGGGAUGAAAAAUACGAGAAUUGCAUGUCGAAGCUAGAGGAGCUAGGCUUUACCGGUCUUGAGGAGUAUUCAUGGUAA